AUGGUUUCCAACCCUAUUGUUGUAGUAGGUGGUGGUUUGGCUGGACUUUCAGCUAGUCACCAAAUCUACCAAAGAGGAGGUAACGUCAUUCUUAUAGAUAAACAAGGAUUUCUCAGUGGAAAUAGUGGUAAAGCUACCAGUGGUAUCAAUGGAGCUCUCACCAGAGAACAAGUUGCUCUGGGUAUUGUCACUGAUUCAGAAGACAAGUUCCUUCAAGAUACGUUGAAAAGUGGUAAAGGAGGAGCCGAUGUCAAUUUAGCCAAAAUAUUAACCUAUGAUUCACGGGAUGCUAUCAAUUGGUUGACUGAACUGUUUGGUUUGGAUCUCAGCGUCAUAAGUCGUUUGGGUGGUCAUAGUGAACCACGGACUCAUCGAGGGAAUGAUGCCAAGUUUCCUGGAAUGGCUAUUACAUAUAGAUUACUUGAAACAUUGGAGGCCUUGAGUGCCGAGGAGCCUGACAGAGUGCAAAUAUUGAAGAACUGCCAAGUUAUAGAUUUAAUCAGAGAAAAUGGUGAUGGUAAAGUUAAAGGUGUGAAAUACAAAGAUACCAAAACAAAGGAGAAGUUUGAAAUUGGUAAUGCUGGUGCCGUGAUUUUAUGCACUGGUGGAUAUGCUGCAGAUUUCACACCCAACUCACUUUUAAAAAAGUUCCGAUCUGAUUUGCUUGGAUUGCCAACUACAAAUGGUGUACAUGCAACGGGAGAUGGUAUAAAAAUAGUACUUAAGAAUAAAGGUAGUUGUAUUGAUUUGGAUAAAGUUCAAGUUCAUCCAACUGGAUUGAUCGAUCUUCUGGAUAAAGAUGCUAUAGCAGGUACUAAGCUACCUCCAUAUAUGUUUCUUGGAGCCGAGGCAUUACGUGGAGAAGGAGGGAUUAUAAUCAACAACCAGGGUGAACGAUUCGUAGACGAAUUGGGUACAAGAGAUCACGUAAGUGGAGAAAUCAAAAAGCAAUUGGAAAAGGGGAAUGGUCCUAUUCGUUUGAUAUUGAAUGCUCCCUUUGCAGAAGAGAAACUUCCUUUCCAUGUCAAGCACUAUACUUUGAAGAAUUUAAUGAAGAAGUGUAAGUUUCAGGAUGUGGUAGCAGAAUUGGCUAACAAGUCCAAAAUAAACACGACAAUUAAACAUUAUAACUCAUUUGUCUCAGAUGAGUCAAAGAGACCAGAUGAAUUUGGUAAGCGAUUCUUUGCUUCCAGAAUUGAAGAGUCAGGUGAAGUUUACGUAUCAUUUAUUCACCAUGUAUUGCACUUCACCAUGGGUGGUAUUAAAAUUGAUAUACACGGUCGUGUUCUUCAAGGUGAUGGCUCCAGUCCCAUUGAAGGGCUCUAUGCUGCAGGGGAAGUUGCAGGUGGUGUUCAUGGUCACAAUCGUUUAGGAGGUAGUUCCUUAUUAGCUUGUGUUGUUUUCGGUCGUUUGACAGGUAGUGAAGCAUCCAAAUACCAAUUUGAGAACUAUAACAAGUCAAUCGGAAGACUCCAAAUGUUGAAGGUUCAUUUGGAUCCAAACAGAAAGCAGUUUAGGGUUGAAUUUGCAGACGAUGAAGAUAAUGAUGGAUCUUUCUCAACUAACAUGUCAUCCAAGCAAAGUAAUAAGAAACAGGACACAUUAGAACCCAAAAAAGGCUCGAAACCCUAUACGCAAUUCAAACUACCUGAAACCGAAUUUACUGAAGAAGAAGUUGCGAAACAUAACCGAGAAGAUGAUUGCUGGUGUAUCAUUAAAAACGUUGUUAUAGAUUUGACAUCGUUCCUUGAUGAGCAUCCAGGAGGUAAGAAAUCCAUCUUACAAUACGCGGGGAAGGACGCUACUGAACUGUUUGAAAUGUUUCACCAGGAUAACUUCAUCGAACUUUAUGUGCGCGAGAACGUUUUGGGUAGAGUAAAGGGUAAAUCACCUUAUCUUGAGUUUAAAUAG